UUUUAUUCCAACGAUUGUAUGCUCGUUGCCCGCUAUUUAUUUUCGGUUUGAACUAGAAGUUUAAUUUUAUUAGGAGAAGUCUUCGUGGGAUCUGAAAUAACAUCGAUUACGCAUACUGGGCUAAUUGCAAGUGUUUCUAAAGGCUUUUUCAGUUACUAAUUGUAUUUUUUAUUUUCAGUAAUUUGGUAUUGAGGUGUUUAGCAUGGAAGUUACGGAUGAAGAUUCAAACAGAAAGCAAGUAGAGAAGUUGACAGCUAUCAAUGAGCGGUACCGGCAGGAGGUCCACGAGCUGAAGCUGCGGCUGGGCAAUGCUGAGGCCAUGGAGCGGGAGGCGUCCCAGCAGGUGGAGGCCCUCCAGGCGGAACUGGCCCGCGAGAAGUCCCGGGAGGACCGCCUCUCGGCCCGGCGCAGCAGGGAUGCCGAUCUCCUCGACAGGGAGUGGACGGAAAAGUUGGAGCUAGUGGAACAUAAUUUCUUGGGGGAAAAAUUUGUGUAUGAAGAUAAAAUCAGAAAACUAGAAGAGAAAAUUGUUGAAUUGGAAAAUGUGUCUGUUCUGGACAGUACUGAAACUGUUAUUGAGUUGAAAAACUUUAAGAGUGAAAACCAAAAGCUAAUAGAACUGGUUCAUGAGUUUGAGGCGAAACUGGCCAAAGAGAUGUGCCGGACCGCCAGUUUGGAGUCGGUGGUCAAAGAUCUGUCUCAGGAGUUGGAAGUCGCCAAGAACAACUUGGAGCAGAAAAAAGCAGAACUGGAUUCUGCCCAAGAAAUAAUUGAAGACCUCCGGGCGGAGGCGACGCGGUUGCGGCUGGAGGCGGAGAGUCUGCGGGCGGAGGGCGCGUCGCACGCCCGCCGGGGCAACUCCCUGUUCGCGGAGGUGGAGGACCGCCGCAAGGCCAUGCAGGCCCACCUGGACUCGGCCCGGGCCAAGCUCAGGAGGUGCAGGACGGCCUUGAAGAGCAGGGACGCCGAGAUCUCCAAGCUCAGGGCCGACAAAGCAUAUCUUGGCUUCGAAUUCAAGUCUCUGGCAAAAGAAUGCAGGCUCACAGAUUCACAGUGGCAUAGCUCCUACACUCAACGAAUCCAGGAGCUGGAGCGGACGGUGCGGGAGCUGCGGGCGGGGGGCCAGCCCCCGGCGCCGGGCCGAGCGGGCGGCGACGACGACGGCGGGGACCUCGGCUGGGUGUCGCGGCUGCUGGCCGACAGGCGCUCGGAGGUGCGGCGGCUGGAGGAGGCCCUGGAGGAGAAGAGCGUGGCCUGCCUCAUGGCGGCGGACUGCCUGAAGGAGGCCCGUCGCGACCUGCAGCUGGCCCGCGCCGAGAACCUCUCCGCCCGGGCCACCGUCAUGGACCUGAGGAUGGCGCUGCUCGCGGCCAACCCCAACGUGGACAUUGAUGCAGACGUGGCCAGCACAAGUUUGCCGCCAGCGAGCGACGGACCACAGAGCGGCGACAAGGAGAACGUCGCCUGGCAACCGGCCGCUCGAGACGACGGGGAGAAACUCGCCCGCGCGUCACCUAGCAAAGUCGCUGCGACGGCCGCCAAACGCGAACUGAGCGAUGUCACCAAUAAUGUCUUCGUUGCUAAUCCCUGUGCUGAUGAAAUUAAUUUCCCUGUAAUAUAAGAAACUGCGUUCAAUUUUAUAUUUUUUGCUUUAUUUCCUAGUAUUUUUUUGUACUCGGCAAUGAUUAUGUGAAACCAAUUUGUUUUGUAUAUGUUAUGUUAUUUUGUGUUUGGUAUUUGGGUAUGAUAUUUUUGGUAUAACCUGGCAUCAUAUUCAUAAACUCAUUCUUACCUUUAUCAAUACUGACUUCAAGGAGUGAGUGAACAGCGUAGUAAGUCACUGAAAUAUUCCGGAGGACCUUAGGUCAAACAUCCUGACUUAUAUUUUAAAAAGGUUUAUAAAUAAUAAUUCCAUCAAAAUGCUAGGUUGUGUUGUCAUCGUAGGCCAGUAGCCAUAUUUUGUGUUGUUUCCGCCUGUAACCUCAUUGUUAACAAAAAAGUAAAGCUGAAUAAAAAAACACAGGUAUCAAUCUCA